UCUCUUUCUCUUUCUCUCUCCACAUUGCUCGCGGCGGGAAACCGACCAAUUUGCGCAGAGCGCUCCCUCCUCAAAUUCUCUCUUUCAAAAACCCUAACCCCCGAAUUGCCCUCCUCGAUUCCUCCCCUCGCUCGCAUCGAUUCAGGCUCGCGCGCAGCAGAGAGAGAGGGGAAGAGAGAGUUCGCAUUCUCAGAGAAUCGAGGGAGAGGGGAAAACCCACUUCGAUUCUGUGGGGAAUUGGGUUUUCUGGGGAGGUAGCUGUCCCUCUUCCGUGGCUUAUGGCAUUUCCGACCCGACAAUCGGAAGCCACGGAAGAGGAUACCAACGUGGACGCCCACACGGCCACCCCAGUCCGGUACGUGUCGCUGGACGAAGUUUACUCCGCCACGACCCCCUGCCUGACCGCCAGGGGAUCGUCUGGCACCAUGUCAAAGAAGAUUAAGGCCCGCAAACUUCCCUCCGUCACCGACCAGGCGGAGGGCCCCGAAGUUGUCGAGAUGGACAGGGGCGAUGACCCCUUAUAUAAUGGGGACAGCAAGGGAGACGACGGGGGCGCUCGUGCUUUUCGCAGGCGUCCCCGCGUAGGAAACGUGCCGCUCGUCCACGUGUACUCGCGGCGCACUAAGCGACCCGUAUGCGGUGCGGAUCGCCCUCAUUGUUUGAUAUACUGAUCGCUCGCGCGGAAGCCGCAUUGGGAUUGCCCAUUAAGGCGGAAUUUGGCGAGGAUAUGGAAAUGGGGGAGGGCAUGGACGAGGGCAUUAAUUGCUCUAAAUCUGCAGCCGAAGUCACGCCUCGCAAGAAGAGGAAAUGUCGGGGUGGCGAGCUCGCAAAACUGGGAGUGAGCUCGAGUGACCUGCACGACAUGACUGGCCCUCGGUUGAGAGAGAACCGAAGGCCUAAUGGCAACACUUACUGUGACCGGCGGAAGAGGAGGAAGCGUGACUCUAGUGUUAGAGACAACAUUAGAGGUUUGCCCACAAAGAAAAGAUGGGUGAGGUUGUCCUAUGAUGAUGCUGAUCCCAAAAUCUUCGUCGGUUUGCAAUGCAAGGUUUUUUGGCCAUUGGAUGCAGAUUGGUACACGGGCAGUAUUCUGGGUUACGAUCCAGAUACAAACAAACAUAAUGUAAAGUAUGAGGAUGGAGAUAAGGAAGAUAUAGCUCUGGCAAAUGAGAAGAUCAAAUUUUACUUGUCUCCCAAUGAGAUGCAGCAGAUGAACCUGAAAUACAGCAUUAAAAGUAUGGAUUCUGAUGCAUGUGAUUAUGAAGAGAUGGUUGUGUUAGCUGCCAGCUUAGAUGAUUGCCAAGAGCCUGAACCUGGGGAUAUCGUGUGGGCUAAGCUCACUGGUCAUGCGAUGUGGCCUGGGCUUGUUGUGGAUGAUUCCCACAUAAGUGCUCAGGGGAUUUCAAAUAAAACUUCUGUUGGCAGAUCAGUUUCUGUUCAAUUUUUCGGUACCCAUGAUUUUGCAAGGAUUAAAACAAAGCAGAUUAUUUCCUUUCUGAGAGGACUUCUUUCUUCUUUGCACUUGAAAUGCAAGAAACCUCGCUUUGUUAGAGCUUUGGAAGAAGCAAAAACAUAUCUGAGUGAACAAAGACUUCCAAGAAGAAUGCUUCUGCUGCAGAGUGGCCGUACUACUGAUGAUUGUGUAAGUGCUAGUGAUGAAGAUGGAGAGAGUGGAGAUUCGGCUGAAGACUGCAUGGGCAAUGAAAAUAGCCAAAGAAAACUGGAGGGCCUUGGGACCCUUCCAUAUGUACUGGGAGAUCUGCAAGUAAUUAGCCUUGGCAAGAUCGUGAGGGACUCUGAAUUCUUUCAAGAUGGAAAGUACAUCUGGCCAGAAGGAUAUACUGCCAUGAGGCAGUUUACUUCAAUUAAGGAUCCAAGGGCUCGUGCUUCGUAUAAAAUGGAGGUGUUGAGAGACCCAGAAUUGAAGACCCGACCUCUAUUUAGAGUAUCUUUAGAUAGUGGAGAGCAGUUUAAAGGGUCCACACCAUCAGCCUGCUGGGAUAAGAUUUACAAAAGAUUAAAGAAGGCAUAUAGUGGUAUGGCUGAUGGUGUUAUUGCUGAAGCUGGUGUGGAAACGACGUUCAAACAUGGUUCACAUAUGUUUGGUUUCUCUAAUCCUAAAGUGGUGAAACUUAUACAGUGUUUAUCAAAAUCCAGACAUUUGACCAAGGUCUCCAUGAGCAAAUUCCCAGUUGGUUAUAGACCUGUUCGUGUUGAGUGGAAAGACCUUGACAAAUGCAGUGUCUGUCACAUGGAUGAGGAGUACGCAAACAAUCUUUUCCUCCAGUGUGAUAAAUGCAGAAUGAUGGUUCAUGCUAAAUGCUAUGGAGAGUUAGAGCCAGUAGACGGUGUACUAUGGUUAUGCAAUCUAUGUCGCCCAGGAGCUCCUGAUCCUUUGCCUCCAUGUUGUCUUUGCCCAGUUAUAGGGGGUGCAAUGAAACCCACAACUGAUGGGCGAUGGGCUCAUUUAGCUUGUGCUAUGUGGAUACCAGAAACUUGCUUGUCCGAUGUGAAGAGAAUGGAGCCCAUUGAUGGUAUCAGUAGAAUUAAUAAGGAUCGCUGGAAGCUGUUGUGCAGCAUCUGUGGCGUACAAUAUGGCGCCUGUAUCCAAUGCUCAAACAAUACUUGUCGAGUAGCAUACCAUCCACUGUGUGCAAGAGCAGCUGGUCUUUGUGUCGAGCUUGAGGAUGAGGAAAGACUUCAUCUCCUUUCAAUAGAUGAUGAAGAUGAAGAACACUGCAUUCGUCUUCUCUCUUUCUGCAAGAAGCAUAGACAGCCAUCUAAUGAGCGUCCUGGCUUGGACGAGCAUGUCAAUCAAAUUGAGCGUCAAUGUUCUAACUAUGACCCACCCUCUAAUCCAUCUGGAUGUGCUCGUUGUGAGCCUUACAGCUCUUUUGGGAGAAGAGGACGGAAAGAACCUGAAGCACUUGCUGCUGCAUCCUUGAAACGCCUUUUUGUUGAGAACCAGCCUUACUUGGUCGGUGGGUACAGUCAACAUUUAUUGGCAGGCUUGCCUUCCAAUGGAGUUGCUGUCAAUAAGUACUCUUCUCGUCUUCACCAAUUAAGGUUCCAUCAAGUUGAUACUUCUGAUAGCGUAUCUUCUAUGGCGGAGAAGUAUAAAUUCAUGAGGCAGACCUAAAAGAGAUUAGCAUUUGGUAAAUCAGGAAUACAUGGAUUCGGUAUCUUCACUAAGCAACCACACAGGGCAGGGGAUAUGGUCAUUGAGUACUCAGGCGAAUUAGUUCGACCUCCUAUAGCUGACAGAAGGGAACACUUCAUAUACAAUAAACUGGUGGGUGCUGGGACAUACAUGUUCCGAAUUGAUGAUGAACGAGUUAUUGAUGCCACAAGAGCCGGAAGCAUUGCUCAUCUGAUUAAUCAUUCAUGUGAACCAAACUGUUAUUCUAGAGUCAUCAGUGUUAACGGUGAUGAGCACAUAAUUAUCUUUGCCAAAAGGGAUAUUGAAAGAUGGGAAGAGCUCACCUAUGAUUAUCGGUUUUUCUCAAUUGAUGAACAAUUAGCUUGUUACUGUGGCUUCCCUGGAUGUCGUGGGGUUGUCAAUGACACUGAAGCGGAAGAGCAAGCAGCAAAGCUCUAUGUGCCUCGCAGUGAUUUGGUCGAGUGGAAAGGAGAUUGAAAUGAAGUUUCUCAUUGCCAAAAUAUGCCCAUGAGGCUCAUGGAGCGGUUUGCUACCUUUUUCCGGUCUAUUGAUCUCAGCCUGUCAUUUACUGUGGAGGAUAGGAUAUAGUGCUCUUUAUAGCCCUUGUCUCAUCCUCUACAUCAUAUCUAAUUCCUCCUGGUGCCCUCGUCCGUUAGUUCAGCAUCUUUUUCCUUAAGCUGUCCUCACUUGGUCACUCAGGAUCUCCUAAUUGAUUCAUAAAGACUCAAACUCCAAGCAGAAAAUAGAGGCGAUAGGAUGUUUUGAUUCACUAUCCACAUUCUGUUUUAGCUGCAACCUUCUGCUGGCCUCAUUCUCAGGCAUCCAUUUUUUUUUUUUUUUUUUUUUUUUGGAUAUGCUCAGGCAUCCAUUUGACUAUGCUUAAAGUUUGUAGAAAGUUUGUAGAAUAGUUAAUUCAGAGAAGUGUACAUAUAAUACAGUGAUCAUUUUGUACAGUUGAAGUCAACUUUCUUCAUCAA